AUGGGAAAAUACAUAAAGAAGUCAAAGCUCGCCGGAGAUGUUUCCACCAAGGACAUCUCUCACCCAAUCACUCUCGGUUUCCGCACCAGAGCCGCCAAAAACCUCGCCCUGCAGCGUCUCCGAUCUCAUUCCGCCGCGCCGUCCGACGACGCAGACUCCUUUCGCUACCUCCAGCUCCGGAACCGCCGCCUCGUCAAGCUUCAAUUUCUGGCGGAUACGGGGAAACAGCAAAAGCAACAGCUUGUACAAAGUGAAAUGAGAAGCCCUAGGGCUAAAUUUGGUCCUCCGGCGGAGAAAUCUGAGCCGGAGAUGACGGCUCUGGUCACGGAGAAGGAACAAAAUCUUGGUGAUAACGAUGAGAUAUCUGGGUCUGAUUGUAAUUAUGGAGAGAAAGGUUUCGAUUUCGAAUCAGGAGACAGAGAAACCGCGCAUUGUAGCUUGAGAAGAGACUCAGAAGCUAUACAAAGUAUUCCUUCGUCUCGUGAGAUUGAAGACUUCUUUGCAUUCGCAGAGCAGCAACAACAGAGACUCUUCAUUGAAAAGUAUAACUUUGACAUUGUGUCGGAAAAUCCACUGCCGGGACGUUACGAAUGGGUCAAAGUGGCGCCAUGA